AUGGAAAACCAUACCUUGUCUUUAGGAAUGCAUGUUAUCAAUGAAACUGAUCUAAAUCAAACAAUAGGUAACAUGCCCCAGAAUGAGCUAGAGGUUCAAGUUGUUACAAUAUUUCUAGUUCUUCUGAUUUGCGGGGUAGGAAUUGCUGGGAAUAUAAUGGUAGUUUUGGUGGUCUUAAGGACCAAACAUAUGAUGACACCAACAAACUGUUAUUUAGUUAGCUUAGCAAUUGCCGAUCUUAUUGUCCUACUAGCUGCGGGUCUUCCCAAUAUUUCUGAAGUGGUUGCCUCUUGGGUGUAUGGCUAUGCUGGUUGUUUAUGCAUCACCUAUCUCCAGUAUCUGGGAAUCAACAUCUCAGCUUGCUCAAUAACAGCUUUUACAAUAGAAAGGUACAUCGCUAUUUGCCAUUCAAUUAAAGCUCAGUUUAUCUGCACGGUGUCCAGAGCCAAAAAAAUUAUUGCUUCUGUGUGGAUGUUCACUUCUUUGUAUUGUGUGAUGUGGUUCUUCUUGGUAGACACAAAGGAAGUUAAGUUUGCUGAUGGUGUGCAAGUUAGCUGUGGCUACAGAGUCUCCAGGAACAUGUACACCCCAAUCUACUUUCUGGACUUUACAAUUUUCUAUGUGAUUCCUUUGGUGUUGGCAACAGUUCUUUAUGGAUUGAUAGCAAGGAUAUUGUUUAUGAAUCCUCUACCAUCAAACCCUCAGGAUCUUAGCAGAAUGAGUUCUAAGCAUCACGGAAAACCCUAUAAUUCAAUCAAGCUUUCUUGUAAAGGAAACAAAACCACAGUGAGCUCAAGAAAACAAGUAACCAAAAUGCUGGCAGUUGUAGUUAUCCUCUUUGCUCUUCUUUGGAUGCCUUAUCGUACGCUUGUGGUGGUGAAUUCUUUUAUGGACCCUCCAUAUCUUAACGUGUGGUUCCUGUUGUUCUGUAGAAUGUGCAUCUAUCUUAAUAGUGCAAUUAAUCCAAUUAUUUAUAAUUUAAUGUCACAAAAGUUCAGAGCAGCUUUUAAGAAACUAUGCAAAUGUGAACAAAAAAGGACAGAAAAGGCAGCAAAAUACAACAUUCCUGUGUAUUAUAGUGUCAUGAAAGACAGUUCUCAUGAUAGUCCGGAUCAUGAUCUCACUGUUCAAGAAGACCUCAAUGGAUUUCCUACUAAAAAAGUUAACUUUACAGAGAAAUGUAUUGAUACAACAACAACCUACAGUGUUGCAUGA